GCUGUGCAAUAUUAUGUUGGAAAUUCUGUAACUGUCAAAUUGAGUCCAGCAUUAAAUGAAAAUGUUUUGCAUUUUAUUUGUUUGUUUUGAAGGAAGAACAAGCAAAACAGAAACCAUGAGAAUCAAAAGCUUUGGACUUCUUUGUCUGUUGAUUGUGGUCUCUCAGCUGCUACUAGCCAACUGUGAAAGACAGAAGGAAAGCAAAAAGAGAAAACAAAACAUAGAGAACAGUGGAAAAAGCCAAACUGAACCUAACCAUGAAAAUGAAAAAGGGAGGAAGUCAAAAGGAGGAAAAUCAUCUCCUAAAGGGAAAUUUAAAACCAAAGAAAAUGCUGAGUGCAGCUGGGCAGUGACCAAUGUGAACACAGCUACUGUGCACAUAGAAUGCAAGCAUGGUGACAGGGAGUUCUGGUGUGAAUUCUCUGGAGAUCCUUCCACGUGUGCACAGUAUGCAGCAAACCAGAAAUCCUUCUGGAGACAAGUCUCCCGAUCCCUCAAGAAGCAAAAGCAACUCUGUCAAGACCCCAAAAGUGUCCUGAAAUCUAAAGUAUGUAAGAAGGGUCCACAAAAUACUCACCUCAGGUUGACCCACUCCAGCCUACUAACAUCAGCAGGCCCUGCAAAAGGGAACACAGUUCAUCGUGCAGAAGUUGUUCAAACUCCAGCAUUUGCCUCUGUGACCGAAAAAAAGCUUGAGCACAGUCCUGAAGACUGUGUCGAAGACAUAGAUUAUAUUGACCAGAAAAAGGUGGCUGAGGAGUACUGUCCAGAGAGCUUGCUUUCUUUGUGCAACUUCUUUAUCACGAUGGUCCAAGACAAGAAGUGUUGAGGAGGUGUUUCUAAAGCUCUGCAUCGUGCCAGCCCAGU